AUGAAAUUAUUAUACACAAAGGUACUCGACUAUUAUAUAUCAUUUCUAAAAGCGUUAUCGCUUAAGCUCGACAAGAGCACCGUAAACUUCUUCUUCAAUGGGCAGGAGAAGGAUUUUCCAUUGUAUACAGAAGCCAUCAAGUUUAUCAAUCACAAAGAGACCAUGGUUAGGAUUGCCGUUCGAACUCUUACUUUAAAUGUAUUCAAAGUCGAAGACGAAGCAAUGCGUGCUUAUAUUAUAAAUUCAACAGCAGUUCCAUAUUUUUCGAAUAUCGUUUGGUUUAUCAGACAGGAGUGUGCGCAACUCCAUAAGAUUCUGGAGAAGUCGAAUCACGAUAAUAUCAGUCAGUUGAAUUACUAUGUGGAGGAGUUGACCGAUCAAUUCUAUUACCUACACGAUAUAUUCAAUCUGGGCUUCGAUUCAAUGAAUUUGGUGUUGGCCGAACAGUUUAUUCAAAGAUUCUCAUCGUUCCCCAACUUGGAACAACUCGAAAACAGCAGCAACGGUGGUAGCAGCAACGGAUCACCCAUAUCACCUAGAAAGAAGAAGGGUUCACUGAGGACAAGUACAAACAAUUCACCAACACCAAGUCAACAAACAAAAGAAAAAGAAAAAGAUAAAGAAAAUAAGGAUGUUGCUGUAUCAUCUACUUUGUCAACUUCCAACAAUAACAAUAAUAAUAAUAAUCAAACUUUUAGUGAUGGUGAAGAUAUGGCAGAGGUUGAAUCUACUUCUAAUAUGUCAUCGCCAAGUGGUGAUAUUUUACUUGGAAAGGGUCAUGAGAUACAUCAUCGAGUACAGAAAUCAGAGCUCUCCAGUUCUAUCGAUAGUGGAUCGACCAACAUGUCGGGUGACUCUAAUUUUGUUUUGGAAAAGAGUGGUGGCAGUCGUUCCGCCAAAAAGUACAGUAAAAACGAUUUCAAAGAAGCGUUGAUCCAGUUGAUUCGUAGCGAUCGUGAGACAUUCGGUGUUGUCUGCAUGCUCUAUUCAUUUUUGAAGAAUACUAUUAUCGAUAAGAAGAUCUUGGAGAACGGUGGAAUGUUACCAUACCGGCUGGCGAAGGCCAAAAAGUUGCUGGAAGGUCUGCUCUCACCUGAGACAAGAUCGCCAGUGAUGUCUUCGUCAAUGCCAAAUAUCUCUUCGCACUAUCGCUCCAAGUCAGAGUCACAUGCACGUUUGUCACCAAACCUCUCCAACUCGGUGGGUAAGCGCGAUCUCUUCAGUGAGGUCGUCGACGACCAGUUUGAGCUUUUCUCUGGUAAACCCGAUCCAUCAACAUCUGCACUCUCAAAAGCUUUCAAAAAACAACAGCAACAAGAGCAACAGUCAUCAGCUAUCGAUCCAACACCAAUCUUGAGGAUUAUAAAACCUGGAGGAUUCAAAGAGGAUGAUGAACAAGAGUUUGUUCCAGUUCCAGACUCCAGUCAAACGCUAUUCACGAGGACUUUGAUUGACAGAUUGUUUUUGAUUAUGGUUAACAGUAACCAGUUCCGUUUGGUCACGCUACAGAUGACACUGCUCGUACUGAAAGAGUUGAUCUACACACCAGAGUCGCCAUCGAAAAUGACAGAGACACAGCUAUCGUUGUUGGAGGAGGCAUAUUCGGUGGUCACUCCUCAACAAGCUGGACAGCCACAGACCAAAAAGAAAACAAGACACUGUGGUGUUUUGUUCCACAAUCUGUUGUUGAAUGUCGAUCCCAACACAGUUCCAACAACUCAACAAGGUACCAAUAAGAGUGCCGGCGGUAUCUAUGGUACUAUCACUCACAUUGCACCACUGCAGCGUCUCGAGAUCGAACAGUCACAUCUCGACUCAAGUAUUCUACGUGUUUUCAGUCAUCCAACCACCUGGAAUGUCGACAUGGGAUUCGACGAGGAAUCAAAGUGUCAACAGGCAAAGCAACUGCUCGAGAGAGCCAGAGACGAUGUGCGUUCCAGCAAGAUGCGUCAGAUCUAUUCGUUGCUGGGUGAGCGUGAUCCCGAUGACGAUGAUCCAUCAAAUAUUUCAUCAUCUUCAACGCCGCCACUUCGAAGUGUUAUCGUACCUAUCGAUGCCUCGAAUUCACAUCCUUUGGCGUUCAGCGGUGAAGAGGUCAAACCAGCUCAGAAAGUAUCAUCGAAAAAUAAACAGCUGGCAAAUAGUAACCUAUCAGUCUCCACAGGAAACAUACACAGCCUUCUCAAAGACGAUAGCACCGGCAACAAGAGACUAUCGAUUGGAAAGGAGAGCAUAUUUUCCUCGUUUUUAAAUGAUACAGACGACAAUUUUCUACAAAACUACAAGGAGUCAAAUUUACUUUCAGAAGCCGCCACCAAAAGCACGACGACUACUCUAGAAGAUACUUCAAGUUUAUUUUCAGCUUUCAAACCCAAGAGUAAACCACAACAAUCACAAGAUUCAAAGAAAACAGAUGAUCAACAACAAGAGCAACCAAACAACGAAAAUAACAACAACAGUUUAAAUAUAAAUAGUUCAGGUGACAGUGUAAAUACUACGAAUGAAAAUGAAAAUCAAAGUAUACCAGAUGAAAGUUUAGAAGAAAAUAAUAAUCAAAAUAAUAAUAAUAAUAGUUUAGAAGGAGAGGAUGCUGAGAGCAAAUUGAAUGAAGAAGAGAUUGUUCAAUCGGAUAUUCCUCAGCAAAGUGGUAAUAUAGUUUGUACAGAAAGUGAAGGUCAGCAAUCACCUUCCAUUAAUAAUAAUAUCACACAAGAAACUACAGAUAAUAUUGAACCCAUAGUUUUAGUUUCAAAUCACGACAGUAAAGAAAGUUACAAAGAAAAUCAAAAAGAAGAAGAAAUCAAUAACAAUAACAAUAAUAAUGUUGAUAGUAAUAUAGAAACAUCAGAUAAUAAUAAUAAUGAGACACACUACAAUAAUAAUAAUACAAAUGAAAUUCAAAGUGUAAUGGAAAAUAUAGAUUUAAAUGACGACAACAACCAUAGCAAUAUUUAA